GCUGGAGCCGGAUGUUGCAAGAUGGCGGCGGCGGCGGCGGCGGCUGGGCUAGCUGCUGCUGAGGCGACGGAAGGCGCCGGCGCUGGCGGCCGGGCGUACUGAGGGAAGCCCUCCGCCGCAGCUUGCGCAUAGGAAGGCAAGCCCGCCCCGCUCCAUCUACUGCUCCUCUUCAGGUGGCAAGUGACUCGGCUCCACUUUGAUCAUGCAGCCCCCUCCUCAGACAGCCCCCCCGGGGGUCGGAGGCCCUCCUCCUCUCGCCCCCUCCUGGAACAUGCAUUGGCGAAAUGGCCCCUACGGCAGGCAUGCAAACGCCCCCACCUCAGCAGCAGCCGCGGCGACGGGACCUGUGCAACCGGUGACUGACCCCUUUGCCUUCGGCAAACAAGGCCCCCGCAGCUCCCCACUGAGCACCGCACCCCAUGGAGACCCAGGCUCCUCUCCAUUGGCUUUCCCUCCAUCGGCUGCUCCCCUUCAUCUCUCCUCUGGGCACCUUCCUCACGCACCUGCUCCAUCGUUAACGUCUGCCUCAGCCUCCCACUCAGAAGCUGGGGGCUCAUUUUCCAUUCCCACGGCCUCCAUGUCAGUCUACCCCAAAGGGGUCCCCAACAGCAUCGAGAUGCAUCCAAGCACAGAACACGCCUCACGUCCCCCAGUGGAACCACCUCAGCCCAUGAGAAUCGGCCCUGAAAAUCCCCUUUCCGCUUCUGUCCUGGACAGGCCGCCGGGUGGGUCUGAUGUGAGUAGGAAUCCAGGCAACCUUGGGGCGGCCCCCCCACCAGUGCCGGCCUUCCCCCUCCUGCAACAGACGGUGCCUCAGUGGAUGCCUCCCCAAAGCUCUGCGUAUUUGCCUUCCCCGGAGCCCCUGUCCCGGAACGCCUUUGGGAGUGCUGCCCAUUCCAGCAUCUCCGUUUCCCAGCCGGGCCCUCAGCUGGAUCGUCACCCGACUCCCCCUCAUCAGCCUGGGUUCCCCAGUGCCCCCCAGGCCCCCUACAUGCUCGCUGAGGCACCCAAUGUGACUCUGCCCCCCAGUAGCACUUGGCAGAGCCCCGGGGGCCCCGGUGCGUGGGCCGGCCAGCUCCCCCAAGAACACUUUUACUUGCAGCCCCUGGAAGCGACGUAUCCCUCGGGCCACCCCACUUCUCAGGAAAGCAGCCCCCCCGGCCAGGCUCAAGGGGGGCCUGAGGGAGGGAGCCGGCUGUGCCCAGACGAGGCCGAUGCGGGGACGAUUGCCAUGUUCUUCAAGGGAGACGAGGCCGAGAACGAGGAAAUCCUGUCCUCCGAAGCCAGUAGUCACAUGGCCAGACCGGAAGUGGAGGCUUUCCAGCAGACCAUGGGCCACACCUAUUACCAGCCUUUGCACGGCCCGCAAGGGCUACCAGCUCAUUUUGCGCCAGCCCAGGCCAGUGCGGCUCUGGCAGCUGAGGCAACGCCCAAUGAAGCAGAUGCCCAGCGCUUCCUCAGAACAGCGGCUGCUCAGCAGGCCAGCGAGAAGGCCUCGUCCUUCCCGGGAGAGGACCGAGCCAGCCUCCUCGUCCCACAGGCAGGAAGCUGCUCUGCCAGCGGGCAGUACGAAAACGUGGAGAACCAGGAGUGCGUUCAGAACCAGGAGGUCUUGCCAAGGGAGCUCCUGUCGCAGAACCCUUCCUCCCCAGGGGCGUCGUUGGAUUCCAGCCGCUACGCCUCUCUAGCCCCGCUGCUCCCCAAAAACCACGUCGGGAGCCACCUGGAAGGAGGACCCAACCUGGAGGCCCUCAGCGCCUUCCCACGGCCCGUCCGGCCCGACAGCGUCUCUUCCAACUAUAGCAACUUGAGCCCCAGGAGCGCAGCGGGCAUUGCCCGGCCGCAAGAACCGGGAACAUUCAUCCAGCAGGAAAGCGGGAAGCCUGAACAAGAGGCCUCCAGUGGCUUUUUUAAGCAGAUUGACUCCUCUCCCUUGGGAACAGAGGUGGGGGAGCAGGAGCCCGGCAAGAAUUACCAUGCCCCCUCCUCCCAGGCGCCGACGCCAAGCCCUCCCAAACCCACGGGAGUCUUUCACACCAGUGUCAACAGCUCCUUUGAGCCCAUCCGGGUCCACAGCCUGGGGGUGAAGCCCCCGGAGACCGAUCAGGCCAAGGUGGUGGCCGAGCUGAGAGAGGAUCGUCCCAACCAAAGGGGCACGCAGAGAAGCUCCGCGAUUGCUGUGGCCUCCCCAGGGAACCUGGAACAGCCUCCAGACAACCUGGAGACCCUCUUCCUGCCCCCAGCCCACUCCUUGCCCCUCUCCCUGGUGGCCGGCAGUGGGAGCCCCUGGCAGCUUCCUUCUGCUGGGACAGGGAUGGAGAAGAGAGCGAGCAGCAGAGCUCAGGGCCUAGGGAAGAAGUGCGAGAGCCCAGCUACCACCUUGUGGGCACACAACGAGCUGCCCACUUUUGGGGGCAACGUGCUCCUUGCCCCCGCCGCCCCUGCGGUCUACGUCCCGGCCAAGCCCUCCCCGCAGGUGGUCCAGCCCCCGGAGGAAGCUUUGUCGAGCAAGCCGGGGGGGUCUCAAGCCGGAAGCCUCCCAUCCGAAAAUUUGGAAAACCCUCCCAAGCUGGGGGACGAAGAGGCGGCCGGCUCUCAGGGCAGCCUGGGUUACGCCAGCCUCCUUUCCUCCCCACCGACGGAGGCGCUUCAGAACCAGCCGAUCUUGCUUGCCCAACCGAGUCAGUUUGGUAGCUUGGCUCCGGCUGCCAGCUCCUCUCUCGCCCUUCAGCUGGGCCAGCCCGAGAAGAACCCCUCAGCCAAGGAGCUGGGCGCCGGUGGGGCUCCUCUGCUGGGGAAGAACUGGAGCUGCAGCUUGUCCGGGGAAAACCCGCCUGGGGGCUUGGUUAACUCAAGCACUACUUUCUUCCCCUGCCCGCUUAGCGCAGCUGAAACUGCUCCCCCCAAACCCCUGGGUCCAUCUCAAGCCCCCCUCAACUUAGCCAUGGAAGCCCCCCAGCCCCCUGCUGCAGAAGGGCUGCCUCUGGAAAGCGCUGGCCAGCCGACAACCAGCGUUCCUCUCUCCCACGUCAGUGGCGGGACUCCUGUUGUGGGGCCCAGUGGUAGCCUUCCCGGCUGGUCUCCAAACGCCUCCCUUUGCCAGGAGCUUUCCAGACCUCUGGAUCUGGCUGGAGCAAAGCCUCAGGAGCACAGCAGGGCAGGGCUUCUUUUGGGCGGCCAGACGUUUCCUCUGGCCCCUGGCCCCAGCGACCCCCAAGCUCGAGGCCCACAGCAGUUCUAUCGGCAGGUAACCAAGGACUCAGGGCCCUCAAUGCCCUUCGACCAAGGGGCGCCCUUGGAGCAGGCUCCGGCAGCUCCUCGCCACUCUUCCGUUUCCCCCAACCUCCAGAUGCCUCCCGGAAACCCCCGUGCCCAGGCGCCGAGUCCGAAGCCUUGCCCCAGGGGUCCCUUGGAAGACAGUCCGGCCCCCCCACCGCCCAGCCAUCCUCAGCCGGGCACUGACUUCAGGCAUGAUCCUCGCCUCCCCCCUGGCAUGGGGCCUCCUCCUCCUCCUGGAUCCACAGCCCCAAGUGGCCCCCAACCUGCUCGUCCCCCUUCGCGCCACGAGCAGCAGUACCCUCCUUCGCAGACCGCCUACGGCCCGCCCCCCAACUCCUACUACUACUACCGGCACCCGUACGACAGCUACACCUACCCACCGGUGGAUCCUAGGGCUGCUCACCUUUACUUCCAGGAUGCAUAUGGCCAGUACAACACUUCCUACAACCAGUAUGACCAGUCUGCUGCCUAUCGAGACACGGGGAGCUACUGGUACACGGAACCAGAGCGCCCCAGUUCAAGAGCCAGCCACACUUCAGACAGGCCCCAGUCAAGACAAGAUUAUCCCAAUGACUAUUACAAACCCAAAAGUGGAUGGAAUGGCUACUAUGGAGACUAUUACUCAAACCCGUAUGAUAACGGAGAGCGUUACCCUCCCAAUUACGAUGCCAGGUUCCGAGACCCUCGGCUCUAUGAUCAGAGGUAUUGGUACAACAACACGGAUCAGAACCUUUACCCAAAGAGAGAAGCCUAUCAGCAGGGAAACAGUAAUGAGCGGUAUGAAGACAAUUGGCGAUAUGACCCUCGUUUUGUGAGCAGCUUCGAUGAAGACUUAGAGCCGCGCAGGGAACCGUAUGCGGAUGACAGUGACUGGCGCAGCGUCCACAGCGAGCAUUCGGGACACAGCCUGCACAGCUCCCACAGCCUCCGCAGCCACCAAAGCAGCUUCAGCUCCCGUUCUCAGCAGAGCCAGCGGUAUCGAAGCAACCACGAUUUGACCAUCAAUGCCUACGAUGGAGACCCUCAGCUAACCUCACUCCCUGCGGACUAUUCCUCCGAGGGAUACUACAUCGACCAGCCUCCUUUGAACAGUUACAAUCCCGUAGCCCAAAUGCCUUGGCCAGGUGUAGAGCAAGUCCCUUCCAGACCUUUGACUCCUGAGAAGUUCUCCAUACCCCACGUGUGUACAAAAUUUGGGCCUGGGGGUCAGCUGAUCAAAGUGCUACCCAACCUUCCCUCCGAAGGCCAGCCAGCCUUGGUCGAGAUCCACAGCAUGGAGAUGAUCAUGCAACACUCUUCGGAGCAAGAGGAGAUGAGAGCUUUUCCCGGCCCUCUCACCAAAGAUGACACCCAUAAAGUGGAUGUUAUUAAUUAUGCCCAGAAUAAGGCCACCCGCUGCUCUCAGAACGAUGCUCUGAUUGACAAGGAAUCGGCUCGGCUUCUCUGGGACUUUAUUGUUCUCCUGUGCAGGCAAAAUGGGACAGUGGUGGGCACGGAUAUUGCUGAGCUUCUGCUUCAGGAUCAUAAGACGGUGUGGCUGCCUGGGAAGUCACCCAAUGAAGCCAAUCUGAUCGAUUUCACCAACGAGGCUGUGGAGCACAUGCCCGAAGAGAGCGGGGAAGCUCAGCUGUCCUUCCUGACGGACAGUCUCAUCGCCACCAUCGACAGCCUCGAGAAGGAAACAGAGCGCUUCCGAGAGCUGCUGCUUUAUGGACGGAAAAAGGAUGCUUUGGAAUCUGCCAUGAAACAUGGGCUGUGGGGCCAUGCAUUACUGCUUGCCAGUAAAAUGGACAGCAGGACGCAUGCUCGCGUGAUGACCAGAUUCGCCAACAGUCUCCCGAUAAACGACCCGCUACAAACUGUUUACCAGCUGAUGUCUGGUAGGAUGCCCGCAGCAUCGACCUGCUGUGGAGAUGAGAAGUGGGGGGACUGGAGACCUCACCUGGCAAUGGUUCUGUCCAACCUGACCAAUAACACAGACGUCGAGUCAAGGACCAUUGUCACCAUGGGGGACACGCUGGCUUCCAAAGGCCUCUUGGAUGCUGCCCACUUCUGCUACCUGAUGGCCCAAGAGAGUUUUGGCGUCUACACCAAGAAGACCACCAAGCUGGUGCUGAUCGGUGCAAACCACAGCUUGCCUUUUCUGAAGUUUGCCAGCAAUGAGGCCGUUCAGCGGACAGAGACCUACGAGUACGCGCAGUCCCUGGGGACUCAGCCAUGCUGCCUGCCCAACUUCCAGGUGUUCAAGUUCCUCUAUGCCUGCCGGCUGGCUGAGAUGGGGCUCAUCGCACAAGCCUUCCACUACUGCGAAGUCAUUUCCAAGGCCAUCCUUACAAACCCCGGCUGCUAUUCGCCGGUUCUUAUCAGCCAGGUGAUCCAGAUUUCCUCUCAAUUGCGGCUCUUUGACCCUCAGAUAAAGGAGAAGCCUGAGCAGGAAUUAUUUAUUGAGCCCAACUGGCUCAUUCAUCUCCGACACUUAGACGAGCAGAUUAAGGAGAGCUGCUUCGGCUGCAGCCUAGGGCGAUUCACACCCCAGCAGUACUCCUCCAGCACGCCGAGCUCGGAGCACGACCACCCCAGUCAGAAUGAAGGCCUGGGAAGCGGCCUAGAAGUGAGCUCCAACAACCCGUUGUUGGCCUCCCUGCUGCCCAACAUGGUCCAGCCCGGGCAGAAGGUGCACUUGAUGCCUUCAGCUCCUCCUACCAUCCUGGAGGGCUCAGCGGCUCUGACCCUCCCUUCCCAACCGGAGCCUGCCGCUACAGUUCCUUUCUACUCUGGGGUACCCACCUCGAUGGGCCCGGGACCUGGCUCCCUGAACCCCUACGGAGCCGAGUUGAACCCCACGUACGGGGUGCCAGCGGUGCUGCCAGCAGGACUACCUCCUCAGGGCCCCGAGCUGCCACCACACGAGGGGACUCAGCAUGAAGCAGGGGUGUCUGAACCUCCCGUAUGGAAGGCAAUUACAAAGUCCGGAGAGGAAGACUUCUACGGGAAGAUGGCGAUCAUGGGCCCAGGCCGACGAUCCCGAUCGACCUCCCAGUCUUCAGCCCACAUGGGCGUUGGGCGGCGGUCUCGGACCACCUCGGAGUCUUCGGUGCAUUCGAUUGGCCGGGAGAGGCGAAACUCAGCCUCCAAGCAGCCUUCCCCACCUCCACCCUCGAUCCCCGAAAGGAAGAAAACCCCCGAAGAAGGCAAGAAGGAGCUGGCACUUCAAAAAAGCGGUGGCAACUGGUUUAGAUGGCUAAUGGGGAAAAGCAAAAAUGAAGCUCACCUUCCUGAUGAUAAGAACAAGUCGAUUGUUUGGGAUGAAAAAAAACAGCGGUGGAUCAACCUGGAUGAACCGGAAGAGGAAACCAAGCCCCCUCCCCCUCCCCCCACAGGAUUUCCUCAGGCUGCUCCCUCUGGAUUAGCAGGACCUCCCAAUGCUUCCGUCAACAUGUUCUCGAGGAGAGCAGCAGGAAGUAAAGUUCGCUAUGUGGACAUUCUGAACCCAGGCAAAGCCAAGUCCCCCGUUCCUGCUCCAGCUCCAGCUGACCUCUUUGCUCCCUUGGCCCCGAUGCCCAUCCCUGCCAACAUGUUUGUACCCAACUCAGUUCCUGAAGAGCAGACACCGCUGGAGGGUGGAGUGGCUCAAGACCAGGUGACCCCCGGCAACGACACCAACCCCCCCGAGUCAACGGGAGAAGUUCCAUGCUUAAAUUCUGCUGCAUUUCCACCUGGGCCUGAAUUUCCUGCACCAUAUCCGGGGGACACCCAGACUGGAGAGCUUUCGCGCUCUAGUUCAAUGAGUUCAUUAUCCUGUGAAGUCAGCCAGCAUUUAAAUCAGGCAACUUCCGGAGAUCCCCCGACUGGUGCUGUCCAGUUCUACAAUCCGUCUCAGUUUGCACAGCCUUCUGCAGCUCCGGCUAGCUCCCGACUUGGCAGAAUUGGGCAGAGAAAAUACCCCACUUUAAAAUAGCAACAUCCAUUCUGUCUCUCCACUGCACAAGAGCCUCCCAAGAUGUCCCGGGGUGCCAGUUCCAUUUCUCAAAUUGAGAAUCCACCUGGAUGGCUCCCCCACAGAGGCCGUGGCCGACGUCGAUUACCAAAUGCUCUCCUUGUAACCCAAAGGCUUGGCUGAGGGGGUCAAACGUCAACGGGAGGGAGGACUGGAGAACUUCGGGUUGAGGGGCUGCCUCAACCCGAAGACUCCCUCCCCCUUUUCUCCUCGGCUUUGCUAAAAUCCAGCUGCUCCGUCUACGACAAGACUUUUCCCGUGUCACCUUUUAACAUUACAGUUUGUGGCCUUAGAGGGAUCGGGGCAUUGUUUUUAUGCAUAUAAACCACUAAAACUUGGGGUUUAUGGCUCAUCUGGCACAUUAACGGAAUUGGUGGGGAUUUUCUUUUCCUAUCGACUUUCCCUUUGCUCCCAACCUUCGGGGGAGGGAAAAUGUAGCUGAUCCAAAUAAACAGAGAAAUGUAUAAUGAAUAGGGGGAAAGAAAGAAAAAAAAAAACCUCUGACUUGUAAUCUUAAGAUUUCCUUGGAAGUGGAUUUUCUUUAGUGCACAUGUAGUUUGCGGUCUUAGGCUCCUUGUAAAACGAACUGUAGAGUCCAGAGCGGAAGCUCUUUGUAUAGCGUUUCGCAUUGUUCUUCUGAUAAUUCCUCCUGAAAGUGCAAUAUGGCUCCUUUCUGGAACUCGGAUCCCUCCAAGAACUCCGUAACAGCUCAAAAGGGGCUUAGCAUUUUAUUUUUUUAAACUUGUGGAAGUUCCCCCUUCUUCCAUCUCAAGACUUUUCCCCCAUGUCCCACUGGCCCAGCUCAUAAUUUACCUGGCCGUCUCUUUUUUAAAAAACCAAUUCAAUUAGCAAGUGCAACUAACAAGAGGCGUGAACUGGGUCUCGGGUGGAGUUGCAUGAACUCUUCAAAGCUGUCAUAGGUUGUGCUAACAUCCACGUAAGUCUGAUCAGAGACAAGAGGGAACUUAUUGUUGGCGCAGUAAAAACCAGUCCAGAAGACCAGUGCUCAGUCCAGAAAUACAGAGGGUAUUUUUUAACGUUGAUGCUUGACUCUGUGGCUUAAUUCUACCUAUCUGGGUUCUGGAGGGUCUUAAAACACAUUUCCAAGGAUUCUUGUGGGCGAAGAGUUGUAAAAAAGGAAGGCAGAACCUGUCUCAGCCUCUUCUAGUCAUCUUGAAUUUGUUCAAGAUGUUUUUUUUGUCCCUUUAGAUCUCUGCCUCUCUUGAAUUUCUCUGUCUCGAUGACCACUGAGCAUUUUUUCAGAUUUCCUCCACCCAGAAGAGCCACUCUCUGUCGUAAAUGUUACAAAUGACACUGUACAUUCUUAAAAUAAAAUAUUUUGCGCAUCUGGAGCACUUUCCACACUUUUAA